AUGCCAGCUUUUCCUCCACCCAACAUCGAACCAAAUACGACACGACAAAAUGCCUUGGAAUCCAAUAACGAUAUGAUGGAUGAAAGUCAAGAUCCUGCAAAGGCAUCCGUGUUUGAACGAGCUGUCGAAUUAAACUGGUUGAAGCGGGUCUUUGCCCAACGUCGACAACAACGUCAACGAGAUAUCGUACACAUACGAUCCUCCUUUAAUGAACAACAACAUGAUGCCAAACAACAACAACAAGACGCCGAAGAACAAUCCUCAGUGGUUGUCCCACCCCCACUGUUCCCAAGUGAAAGCACUUUGAACAUAAGUGCAUUGUUUGAUGAUCCAGAAGAGAAAGAGGCAUCAAAUGAGGAUCUAUCUGAUUCAGACAUCACUACUUGGGAUCAAGCUGAGCCGACUACUCAAGAAGCUAACGAAUACAGGGCUUAUUGUGACAAGAUCCUUUUUGGGCUAUAG